AAGAAGAAGAUGUUCGUCUUCCCGAAACGGAGUCCCUAGCGAACCCGACGGCGACGGAGACCGGCCAGUGGAGGCGACGGGCUACCACCGCCGACCGAAGCCAUGGAAACUGAUGACGAUUCUCUCCUGAGGUUCGUUCUGGGCUUCGUGCAGAUUGCUAUAGAUCAGGCAAAGCUUGCGUUGGACAGCCUUGAAGUUCCAGUUGGCUGUGUGAUUGUUGAAGAUGGGAACGUUAUUGCGGCAGGAAGAAACCGGACUAACGAGACACGGAAUGCAACAAGACAUGCAGAGAUGGAAGCUCUUGAUGUUCUUCUUGGACAGUGGCAGAGGACUGGAUUUACAGCUGCAGAAGUUGCAGAGAAUUUUUCAGCAUGCUCCCUUUAUGUGACAUGUGAACCAUGCAUAAUGUGUGCAGCAGCAUUAUCGAUCAUUGGUAUAAAGGAAGUAUAUUAUGGUUGUGCAAAUGAUAAAUUUGGAGGCUGUGGCUCAAUACUGUCUUUGCAUUCAAGUAGCUCUGAGGCAUGUUUUAGCAUUGGGAAUUCUGGAUCAAAGGGUUUCAAAUGUUAUGGAGGAAUAAUGGCAUCAGAAGCCAUUUCUCUUCUGUGAGAUUUUUAUGAACGAGGGAACACUAAUGGUAUAAAUGGCAAUCAAGCAUUUUAACCAGUUGAAAUGUCUGUUUGAAAGAAUGUUAUUAUACUGCAGUUUGCACCUAUUUACACUAGAUAACCUAAGGGAAAUGGUAGGUCAUUUUCAGUGGACCCAUAGUUAAAAAUACAUUUUAAGAGGCUUCUAUGAGCAUAAUAGAGAUAUCCUACUUUUGAACCAAAGUUUUCUUUAUCAAUCAAUGAAGUUGAGCAUUGUGCUUGCUGGCCACUUGAAGACCUUCCUGAAAAAUUUAUCUUUUGGUGCCUAAUAUGGUGGUCUUCCUAGCACUGAUCCCCUUCCAUAAUGGUUAAGAAGAAUUCAGGAAGCCUCUUUAUAUUUCUUCUUCUCAAUCCAUUCUCUCAACCAGCAAUAGAAAGAACUGUAGCUGGGGCUUUUGGUGAUUGGAAAUCUUACUGAACAACUCUCUCUCUCUCUCUCUCUCUCUCUCUCUCACACACACACACACACACCCACACUAGUCCAUAUGUAAAUUGUUUGCUGCAGUGAAGAUACGUUGUUGUAUCCUUGGUCUGGAGAAUUAUCUGCACUCCCUGGUAAAUAAAGCUGACCCAAUGGAAUGUUUUGGAAUGACUAAGGGCUAGUAAAAUUGCAAGCAUAGAACUAGUGGGCCAUUGGAUAAAUAAGAACCCAUUCAGAAGUUUUCUCCAUCAA